CUCCUCCUCCUCCUCCUUCACCAGAACCACUUCUCCUUCUCAUCACAUCCAAAAAGCAUUUUGGAGAUGUGAAAAAUAGGAAGAGAUUGGUGAUAUUGAGCAGUCUGUGCAUUGACACGACCUUUUGACCUCAUCUUCAGCAUGAAUGGUGAUAUGCCUCAUGUUCCCAUCACUACUCUUGCUGGAAUUGCUAGCCUGACAGACUUGUUGAACCAGCUGCCCUUGCCUUCUCCUCUCCCUGCCACCACUGCUAAGAGUCUGCUCUACAAUGGAAGGAUCUCUGAAGAGGUCAGCAGCCUGCUGGUGUGUCGGGACGAAAAUCUGGUGACUCAACUGGCACAUAGCCUUAACCAAGUCUCCACUGAACACAUAGAGUUGAAGGACAACUUGGGGAACGAUGAACCAGAGGGUGACAUGCCAAUGCUUCUACAAACGUUGCUGUCCAGGAACCCCAAAAUCUUCAGGGACAAAAGUGUAAUGCAGCAGCCAAUUAUGCAACAGUAUAAGGUGUCUCAGAAUCAGGUGCAUGGGAGUCCAGGAUCAAACUAUCAGCAAACCACUGUCCCUCAAAGCCCCUCUGGAUGCUUUACAUCCCCACAGUCUGGAUCAGGUGCUCGGUUCGCGCCCCAGCAGAACAGCCCUAUACCCAGUCCCUAUACCCCUCAGAGUCCUGCAGACUACAUGCAGUACAAUCCACCCAGUUACUCUCAACACCAACAGACACAGCAAGUUAGAAAUAUCCAUGACAACAAGGUCUCUGGUCAGCUAUCAAGUACUUCAUCUAAUCAUAAUGCGAGACUAGGCUCAGAUGAAGACUAUAUCAACAUGGCUCACAGACUGGGAAAUGAGGAGAAUGACCCCUCCAUGAGGGCUGCCAUGUUUCCAGUUAAAUCACCAGGGUCUGUGUGUUCCCCUGCUGGGAGUGAAGAGACUGCAAAAACAGGGUCCAGGCCUCCCCUUAUCAUGCAGUCCCCUCCACCUGAUAUCCCACCAGUUGCAGAACCUGACCAGCACCUUACCUCUGCUGACCGCAAAAAAAAGCAGAAAGAAAGGAGUAAAGAAGAAAAUGAGCUUUCAGACAUGGAUCCAUCCGAAGAUCUUCCUCCGAGGCAACGCGUUGAUUCAGAACAUGAAAGUGAUUUGACGAAUAAUUAUCACAACCAGCUGUCAAGGACUGCCCCGGACCUGUCACACAAGUUCGGCGCUGAGGAGCAGACAAACCGUAAGCAGUUUCCUGUUCGGCCCAAUAGCAAGGAGUCUGGAGUCGUGAGUAGGGUUGUGUUUGAUGAUGCAGAGAUGGACACACUGGCAGAAAUCGAGAGAAUAGAACGGGAGUCGGCCAGUGAGAAAGAACGAUGGUCUAAAGAAGUCCAGGAUAAAGAUAAGCCACUGAAGAAACGGAAGCAAGACACGUAUCCUCAGGAAUCCGGAGCUGAGUCAAGUGACGGGCCGACUGUACAAGGGGGCAACUCGGAUAGCAAGUUGAGAACCAAGAAGACGAAUGCUGCAAGUAACGGUGGCAGUCGGCCUGCUUUGAUGGUCAGUAUUGAUCUGCAGCAAGCUGGCAGAAUGAUAGGACAGCCUGUAGUGGUCUUGGAAGCACAGACGUUCUGUGAGGAACAGCUACAGCACCUAAAGACAAAGACUGAUGGAAAGCUAGAGAAAGUUGCUGAAAACAGACCUGGGAUCAUCAGACAGCAUGCUGACAACCCCAAGAAGUCUUGCUCAGACGGGCAACCAGAAGCCCCCAAACAGAAGCCGGAAAGUCGACGGGAAUCCAAACACAGACAUGACAGCAAAACUGUCGGCGGCAAGAAACAUCCGGAUGACAGACGGCCAGACACACCGCGGCAGAAACAUGACAAGCAUUCAGACUUGUGCAACAAAGAGGAAAAGAACCACAACAUUAGCAGAUCCCAUGUGAGCAACCCUGAGACUCCAAAAACAAUUAGCAAGGGGGAGCGCAAUUCCAAACAUGGAGAAGGCAAAGCCAAGAACAGAGAUAGAGAUAAGGACAGAGAUAAAGACAAAGUUGGAGAUAGAGAUAGGGAAAAUAACAGAGAAAAAGAUAGAGACAAGGAUAAGGACAGAGAUAGAGAGAAAGUUGGAGAUCGAGAUGAUAGGAAUAAGGAAAGAGAAAAAGAUAAAGAUAGAGAUAGGGAUAAGGACAGAGAUAAAGAUAGAGUUAGGGAUAAGGACAGAGAUAGAGAUAAUGAUAGAGAUAGGGAUAAGAACAGAGAAAAAGAUAGAGAUAAGGACAAGGACAUAGAUAAAGAUGGGGAUAAACACAGAGAUAGGGAUAAGGACAGAGAUAGGAAGCACAAGAUGUUAAGGGAAAACUGCAACAAACACUCUCCUGACAGGCCAACUAAACCUGACAGCCCGAGAGUGAAACAAGACGAAAGUAGAAAGUCUACUGACCUUAAUGGUCGACAGAAGACAGAGAGUUCCAGCCUUCAAAACGCACAAAGUAAGAAAGACAGGAAAAGUGGGGACGGCAGCUGCCAAGCUGGAAACAAACCGCAGACGCUUGAGACAAAACCUUGCGAGUUCCCCUCAUACCUGCUGGGUGGCAAGUCAGGAACUCUGAAGAACUUUGUGAUUCCUAAAUUAAAACGGGAUGGGAAUGAUCUUCAACUUCCAAACAAAUUGAUUGAGAGCUGGAGUGAACCCCUGGUCAAGCUCGAGAGAUUGUCAUUGAUAAAGAACAUAAACAAAGGGGCAAAGCCUGUCGUUGUGCUCAACAAGCUCAAUAUUGACGAAGUAAAAAAGAUCAUUAAGGAUAGCAGGAACGCACACAGCCCCAGAUCCAGAUCCCUCGACAAAUCAGGGAGAGAGAACAAGCGAAAACACAGUAUGAUCAGUAAGAAAUCCAAGUACGCUGAGUUGGACGAAGAUGAAGGAGAAGAUAAAAAUGAAGAUGAAGAUGACCAUGACCAUGACGAUGAGGAUUACUCUGACAAUGAGUCUCCAAAGAAAAAGUCCAAGAAAGAUCACAACAAGUCAUGUAAGCAGGAAGAGAGGAGGGGUUCUGGACAGCACCGAAGCGGAGGUUCGAAUGCUGCUCGCCGGGGGUCCAGUAGCCGUCACCGGAGUCCAAAUGGUUCAGAGGAAGACUCUCCAUCACCAAGCUUGCGUGAUGUUGCCAAAAAAUUGAAGAAAAAGGAGAAACAAAAAAACAAGAAGGUGUAUGAUUCCAAGAUGACACCAGAAGAAAAGAUGGGCUCCUCCACGUUUAAGAGAUUCACAACAAACAUGAACAACAUUCUUGAGAGCCUCGAGGAUGUGGACCUCACCGCCGCAGAUGAUGAUGAGAUACCCGAAGAGCUCUUACUUGGAAAGCACCACUUGAGCGAGCUAGGCAGUGAUUCUGCUAAGAUCAAAGCUAUGUGCAUCUUCAGCAAGUGUUCGACUAAGAAACUGGUUAAACUGUUGAAUAUCCUCGAGAAGAACAUUCAGGACAGCGUCAAACUCUCCACGCUAAUGAAUCAUGAAAAUGAUUCCGUGGAUGAGGAGCGGUUGUGGCGUGACCUUAUCAUGGAGCGGGUUGCUAAGUCUGCUGAUGCCUGUUUGACUGCACUCAACAUCAUGACAUCUCCACACAUGCCCAAAGCAGUCUAUAUAGAAGAUGUGAUUGAGAGGGUGCUGCAGUACACCAAGUACCAUCUGCAAAACUCUCUGUACCCUCAGUAUGACCCAGUCUACAGAAAAGGUGGCAUGCAUACUUCAAAAUCCAAGAGAGCAAAGAUUUCCACCCAUAAACAGAAGGUAGUAGUCAUGCUCUACGACAAAGUGUGUGAUAUUGUUAGCAGUAUCUCAGAGCUCCUGGAGAUCCAGCUGCUCACUGACACCACUAUUCUCCAGGUGUCCACGCUGGGCAUUACACCUUUUUUCGUGGAGAAUGUCAGUGAACUGCAGUUAUGUGCCAUCACACUUGUGACAGCAGUGUUCUCUCGUUACGAGAAGCACAGGCAGCUCAUUCUUGAAGAGAUCUUCACCUCUCUAGCUAGACUUCCAACUAGUAAACGCAGCCUCAGGAACUUUAGGCUAAACAGUGAUUCAGAGGACGAGCCCGUGUAUAUCCAGAUGGUCACAGCACUGGUGCUUCAGCUCAUCCAGUGUGUGGUUCGCCUUCCCUCAGAGAGGGACGCAGAAGUUGAACAUAAUAAGAAGGUGGAUAAAGAAGUCUUCAUCACAAACUCUUAUGAAACUGCCAUGAGGACAGCUCAGAACUUCCUAUCGGUGUUUCUCAAGAAGUGUGGCAGUAAGCAGGGAGAGGAUGACUACAGGCCUCUGUUUGAGAACUUUGUUCAUGACCUGCUGUCUGCAGUCAACAGGCCUGAGUGGCCUGCAGCUGAACUGCUGCUCAGUUUACUCGGCCGGCUGUUGGUGCACCAGUUCAGUAACAAGCAGACAGAAAUGGCGCUCAGGGUGGCAUCGCUGGACUACCUCGGCACUGUCGCUUCCAGCCUGCGCAAAGACGCUGUCAAUAGCAACAUGGACCAAAAGGCUAUUGACCGCAUCCUCAAAGAGACUCAAGGCAGUGAUGAGAUCCAGAAACUCCAGACGGCCUUGCUGGGCUACCUAAAUGAGAACGUUGAGACGGAUCCAUCUCUAGUCUUCGCCAGGAAGUUUUACAUCGCUCAGUGGUUCAGGGACACUAUAACUGAGGUAGAGAAAGCGGUGAAGUCUCAAAAUGACGAUGAGGACUUCAGAGGUCGACAUGAUUCCAUGGACGUUGACUCAACUGAGGAGAUCGUGCAGAGGGCAGAGACACGAAAGAAAUUCCUUCGCAAGGUCAUGAAGACAUCACCAUCAGAUUUGAGUUCUUCAAGCAUAAACUCUGACACAGUAGCCUAUGAGGACUCAUGCCUGAUUGUCAGAUAUCUGGCCUCCAUGAGGCCGUUUUCACAGAGCUUUGAUAUUUAUUUAUCACAGAUUCUGAGAGUGCUGGGUGAGAGUGCCAUCGCAGUCAGAACUAAAGCCAUGAAGUGUCUGUCUGAAGUGGUAGCUGUGGAUCCAAGUAUUCUGGCACGGUUGGAUAUGCAGCGUGGGGUUCACUGUCGCCUCAUGGACAACUCCACCAGUGUGCGAGAGGCAGCCGUGGAGCUACUUGGCCGUUUUGUGCUAAGUCGACCGGAGCUCAUUGAGCAGUACUAUGACAUGCUCAUUGAAAGGAUAUUGGACACGGGUAUAAGUGUUAGGAAGAGGGUCAUUAAGAUCUUGAGGGAUAUUUGCCUGGAGCUGCCGGACUUCCAUAGGAUCACCGAGAUGUGUGUCAAGAUGAUCCGAAGGGUCAACGAUGAAGAGGGGAUCAAGAAACUGGUGAAUGAGACAUUCCAGAAAAUCUGGUUCACUCCCACACCCAGUCAUGACAAAAAUGCCAUGACCCGGAAGAUUCUGAACAUCACAGAUGUGGUGUCAGCAUGUAAAGAUUCAGGCUAUGACUGGUUUGAGCAGCUUCUCCAAAAUCUACUGAAGUCAGAAGAGCAAGCCUCCUACAAACCUGCCAAGAAGGCCUGUGUUCAGUUAGUGGACAAUCUGGUGGAACACAUACUGAAAUACGAGGAGUCGAUUGCAGACUGUGAGGACAAAGGGGUCAACUCAGGUCGUCUGGUAGCAUGCAGCACCACUCUCUACCUGUUCAGCAAGAUCAGAGCACAGUUAAUGGUCAAACAUGCCAUGACUAUGCAGCCCUACUUGACCACCAAGUGCAACACUCAGAAUGACUUCAUGGUCAUAUGUAACGUGGCAAAGAUCUUGGAGCUGGUGAUUCCUCUGAUGGAGCAACCAAGUGAAACUUUCCUCACCACCCUAGAAGAAGACCUGAUGAAGCUCAUUAUCAAAUACGGCAUGACGGUUGUUCAGCACUCUGUAAGCUGCCUUGGCGCUGUUGUCAACAAGGUCACACACAACUACAAGUUUGUCUGGGCUUGUUUCAAUCGCUACUAUGGAGCUCUGGCAAAACUGAAGACACAGCACCAGGAGGACCCCAACAGCUCCACUCUGGCUGCUAACAAACCUACUCUCCUGCGCUCACUGUUCACUGUGGGGGCUCUCUGUCGGCACUUCGAUUUUGACCAAGAGGAGUUCAAGGGUGCUAACAAGAUCAUCAUCAAGGAUAAAGUGCUGGAGCUUCUGUUGUACUUCACCACUCAUGAAGAUGAAGAGGUCCAGAUCAAGGCCAUCACGGGUCUAGGCUUCCAGUUCAUCAUGCAUCCAGAGCUCAUGUUUGUGCAGGAUGUGAAGGUUCUGUACAACAAUACCCUGUCAGAUGAAAAGAGUUUGGUCACUCUGAAGAUCCAGGUGCUAAAAAACCUGCAGACAUACCUGCAAGAUGAGGACUCUCGAAUGCAGGAAGCCGAUCGCGAAUGGAAGCAGCAAUCCAAGCAGGAGGAUCUGAAAGAAAUGGGGGACAUCUCCUCGGGCAUGAGCAGCUCAAUAAUGCAGAUUUACCUGAAGCAGGUUCUGGAGUCCUUCUUCCACUCACAGUCCACUGUUCGUCACUUUGCCCUGAGUGUCAUCACACUGACUCUCAGCCAGGGCCUCGUCCACCCUGUUCAGUGUGUGCCCUACCUGAUUGCAAUGGGAACAGACCCUGAGCCAACCAUGAAGAACAAGGCCGAUCAACAGUUGGUGGAUAUCGACAAGAAAUAUUCAGGCUUCAUCCAUAUGAAGGCCGUAGCAGGGUUGAAGAUGUCUUAUCAGGUGCAACAGGCCAUAAAUGGAUCCAAAGGUGCAGUGAUUCGAGGUUUUCGUCACGAUGACUCAGACACCUCUCUCUGCUCUCAUCUCUACACUCUGGUCCGAGGGAAUCGACAAUAUAGACGAGCUUUCCUCAUUUCCAUGCUCAACUUGUUCGAUGACAGCUCCAAAACAGAGGUGAACAUGCUGUUGUUCGUAGCAGACAACUUGGCCUGCUUCCCCUACCAGACCCAGGACGAGCCUCUUUUCAUCAUGCACCAUGUAGAUAUUACUCUGUCGGUCUCUGGUAGCAACCUGCUCCAGUCUUUCAAGGAGUCUCUACAGAAAGGGCCUGUACAGAAGGAAAAGAAGACGACGACAAAGAAGAUGAAGACAAAAAAGAAGAAGAAGAAAAAGAAGAAGAAGAAGCCUCAGAGAAGAAAACAUGGCUCCGAUGAUGACGACAAUGACGAAGAUGAAGAAGAUGAUGAUGAUGAUGAAGAAGAGGACGAUGAGCAGAGCAGUAGCACAUCCAGCAGCAGUGAUGAGGAUGAGGAGGUGGUUCAUAUGCAAAAGAAACCUGCGCACUCUGAUUCUGACGCUGACAUGGAUGAUGAGGAUGCAGUGAUGGACCGUCUGCCUGAAAACCCCAACCCGCUGCUGGACUUUGCCAGUGCUUCACAGGGCAUUCUGCUGCUGCUGGUGCUAAAACAACAUCUGAAGAAUCUGUACGGCUUCUCAGACAGCAAAAUCCAGAAGUAUUCCCCGACGGAGGCUGCCAAAAUUUACGACAAGGCAGUGAACAGGAAAUCCAAGGUGCACUUCAACCCUCGUCAGACACUGGAUUACCUAAAGAGGAACCUUGCCAGCACAGAUCUCAGCGACGAGACCAAGAGGAAUAUUGUGAAACAAUAUUUGGAUUUCAAGGUACUGAUGGAGCACUUGGAUCGUGACGAGGAGGACCAAGAGGGGGAAGCAAGUGCCAAUGCCAGAAACAAAGCCAUUACUUCACUGCUGAAGGUCCCAAAAUCUUCUUCGAACCAGAACCACAGUAAAACCGAACCUGCUCCAGCUCCAGUGGAGACGGAUGAGGAGGAGAGUGAGGAAGAAAAUCCGCCUGUGCCACAGCAGAAACAGAAGAAAGCCAAGGAGUCUGCAGAGGAUACAGGUAACAUGAAUGAGAGAGUGAAGGCCAUGGACAUCAUUGCCAUCUGCUGUCCCAAAUACAAAGACAGACCACAGAUUGCCAGGGUCAUCCAGAGGAUCAAAACUGGCUACAGUAUACACUGGAUGACUGGAUCUUACUCUUCGCCCUGGGCUGAGGUAAAGAAACGGGAAGGUCGCAAAAAGGUUCCUUGGGUUGACACUAUCACGGAGUCAGACAUCAUUUACAAGAAAAUAUCUUUGACAAGUGGACAAAAGCUGACGAACAAAGUGGUACAGACGUUACGAGUGCUAUACGCUGCCAAGGACGGGGACUAAGAGUCAACUGAAAUAACUCAGACAGAAACACCUCACAACCCAAAUGUAUGUGGAUCCAAUGUGUUUCAGAGAGAAAAUAAAAUCUCUAUAGAUUUACGGACCAGGUGGAGGUAAAGUAUUGUGAAAAAUGAUCUGUUUGAAUACAGACAUGUUCUAGUUUAACACACGAAAAACACAAGAAGGAAAUGUUUUGGAAACAUUGUGUGGGAGUUCCUUCGCUGUUGUGCAGCAACUUUGUUGUUUGAUUUUUACUCCCACUGUAUCAUAGUUUAACUAAACACAUGUUUAUAUCUGAACAUAAUUCUGUAAAAAAAAUAAACUGAAUGUUGGAAGUUAGUGUAUUGAUGAUGUUCUUAAUAAAGUGUUUUUGGAGUUUAAACUAGCACCAGAUGGAUUUAUUCACAUGAUCUGAGCUCCAACAACUUUGAAAUUCCUUUAUUUUUUUUCUUGUUUUGAACAUUUUGUUGUUUACCCACGCUGUGUAAUGGAGUAUCUUUGAUAUAAUUUAUUUAUGUUAAGAGCAGUGCAGUAUCUGUGCCUAUAUGCAGGGGAAGUUAUAUUGUUUUUAAUAUAGAUUUUGAUGUUAUAGAACACAGAGCAAGAAAAAAAUGACCCCCCCCCCCUCAUCUCGUGGAACAAAUACUGCAAUAAAUUUUUCUUAUGUC